AAUAUAUUUGCAGGUACGUAUGCGGCCUCGUGGAAGUGACGUCAUUUCCAAAAUAUACCACAGACUGAAUGAGGAUUCACAAGUCAAUCACUUAUUUGUCACAAAGUUUUUAUAAUCCAGGAUGACGGCUCAUAACCAGAUUCAGUAUGAAAAAGAGAGUGUUUUUAUUCACAUUAAUGUAUCAGAUGCUAAGGAUAAAGAUGCUCACAUACCAGGAAGAGUUUUUCUUAUGAACAAGCCCGAAGGCGUGUAUUUAGAAUGGAAAGCUGAAGAAGUUAUUUCAUUAGAUGGUGCUCAAAGUGAUCAGGAUUGGACUAUGGUUAGAUCUGUAGCAUACAGAAAUGAUAGAGAUUCAGAUGCAGUGUCUUCAAUGAAUGCAAAAAUGGAUUCCAGAAGAAAAUAUAAUAUAAGUUUUGAUAUUUUGGAUCUUAAAAGUUUUAAAAGAAGUGCACCAAAUCACGGAUGGGCAUACAUCAUUUUUAUCCUGAAAGAUGGAACAACAUUUCCAGCAUUGCAUUUUCAUAAUGGUGGCAGUAAAGCCUUGUUGAAAGAAUUUGAGAAAUAUGUCCACAUCAGAAGAUCUCCAAAUGAUAGCCGAUUAUUUAUUGUGAUAGAACAUGACCCUGAAAUGUUGUCAAAAUCUUUUGAUGAGUUACAGUUAUUUUCGGACUCCUCUGGAGAUCUUGUUUCGAAAUUUAUCAAAGACCCCUACACAGCAACUAUGGGUGGAUUUUCUAAAGUGACCAACUUUUUACGCAAUGUGUUAAUUCUAGAAGAUAAUCCGACAACUCGACCACAAGAAGAAGUAGCUGAUAUAUUACAGGAGGAUAUACCGGGUAUGGAAAUCAGUCAACAAGAAUCAGGUUUUGAAAUGAUAACAAAGACUAAACUACCACCUAGACCGACAGUAGCUAGAGGUGAUGCGUUGUUACCAGGGCAAUGGGCACUACAUCUAGACAGUGAGGGUAAAAUUAAAAAUAAAGAAGAUCUGUUAGAAAGAAUAUUCCGAGGGGGAAUAGAACCAUCUAUACGUAUUGAAGUAUGGAAAUAUUUAUUAUGUUAUUAUACUUGGGACUCAAAUCAUAAAACAAGACAGGAACAAAGAAAGCGAAAUGUGGACGAUUACUUUCGAAUGAAAUUACAAUGGAAGACAAUUAGUGCAGCACAAGAAAAAAGAUUUGCUACAUUAAGAGAAAGAAAAGGUUUAAUUGAUAAAGAUGUUACGAGAACUGAUCGAACACAGAAGUUUUACCAGGGUGAAAAUAACCAGAAUUUACUUGUAUUAAAUGAUAUUCUUAUGACAUACUGUAUGUAUAACUUUGAUCUAGGAUAUGUUCAGGGUAUGAGUGACUUAUUGUCACCAGUUCUUGUUGUCAUGGAGAAUGAAGUUGAUGCUUUUUGGUGUUUUGCUGGUUUAAUGGAACGAUUGUGUGGAAAUUUUGAAAUGGAUCAGAAUGGUAUGAAAGUACAGUUAGCUCAAAUACAUAAAUUAAUGCUUGUAUAUGAUCCAGAAUUGUGCCAUUACCUAGAAAGCCAUGAUUCGGGAAAUUUUUAUUUUUGUUUUCGAUGGAUUCUUAUCAUGUUCAAAAGAGAAUUUCACUUUCAUGAAAUUCAGAGGCUAUGGGAGGUGAUGUGGACAGAUAAACCAUGUAAGAAUUUCCAUCUUAUAAUAAGCCUGGCAAUAUUAGAUUCUGAAAAAUCAACACUAAUGGAAAAUAAUUUUGGUUUUACAGAAAUUUUAAAGCAUAUCAAUGAUAUAAGUCUUUCAAUACCUUUAGAAGAUACGUUAAAGAAAGCAGAAGGAAUAUUUCUACAAUUAAAGAAAUACAAGAAACUACCUAAUGACAUCAAAGAAAUAUUAGGUCUUGAUGUCUCACCUAAUAACUCAAGUUCAAGUUCAGCUCAUCCAACCCCUACAGAUGAUGGUUCCGAUCAUUCAAGCCAGUAAAUAAGUAAGUAAGUGUCUUUCAUUAAAACAUUAUUCCUCUUAAAUUCUCUUUUUAACAACAUUAGAUACCAGUUUCUUUUAGUCUGAUACCUCAAUACUUACUUAACCUUUAAACAAACCAGUAUUCUGGACUAAAAUACUGGAAGUAAUUGUUGAAUGUUGAAAAUUGUUAAAAUUCAUAAUUUGUUGAAAUGGUGGUAGAGAUCUUAAAAAUAAUGUGAAUUCUUGAAGAGUGAUUCAAAUUUGGAAAAAAUACACAUUAUGUAUUCCAUUUUCAUCUACUUUAAUUUUUACAUUAAUAAUUUUUUUUUUUUUUCGUCUAUGUUAUUUUUUAAAUCUGAAUUCAAACUGAUUUUGAUUGAAAGAGGAUGUUUUGUUUUUGACAGACACUUAUUUACCAUCUUAUUAUUAUAGAUUUUGUUGUAAUUGUAUGAAAGAUUGUAUUUAUAUGUAAAAACAAUACGCAUGAGUGUGAUUUUAAGAGUGAAUUAUGAAAACUGUCAUGUAAAUUCAUCUGAAGACCCAUGAUAUUUAAAGAUGUAGAGCUUUUUGCCUAUGAGAAUGUCUUAGAAAAUUAUCAUAAUUAUAGCUUCUUGUAGUUUGAUGAGUAAAAACUAAUUGAAAUCUAAAAGUAUAUUUAGUAUUGCAUGUUUGAGUUACAGCCAUUAUGUUUUGUUUAAAGUGCUUGAUUAAAUAUGUGAUUAGUAAUUAUUAUUCUGUAAUAGAUCUACCACAAAUACAUUAAUUACUCUUCACAAUAUUUUUAAAAAGUUGAUAACAGUAUGGUGCAUUUUGCAUAUAGGAUUACAAAUUUAAUAUGGAUCUAUUAUUAACAAAAAUCUGUUCACAGUUGUUAUCAUGAAUGCAAUAUAAAUGUACAAAAGUGCAAUAGAUAGAGUGAAUUUAUUUGUUCACAGAUAUGACACAAUAAACAACAGGAUUAUAACAAUAUAGAGGUAAAAUAUUAGUAAAUUAAUUGAUGCUAGUAUUCUUUCCACUAACUCCCAACUUUUAUCUAUAUGCUCAUGGUGUCUAUUUUACAGUUCGUCACUGACUUAACCAAGGCAUCCUUUCAUUUAAUACUAUUUCUAAUGCGAUAAUCCAAUAUAAUUGGACCUUGUGUCCAAAAUAUCUCAUGAGGAAGUAGAUACAUAUAUUUUUGACCAAUGUCUGUCUGGAAAAUAUGUUGUUUGUCAGUUUUAUCCGUGAAGAACAACAUAAUAUUUAUGAGCGUUAUUCAAGGGAUCAAACUUCAGUAUGAAUGAAUUGAUGAAAGAGAUAUGUGAAAAUGCCAGAUUAUAUAAUAAAAGCAAAUUUACCAAAUAGAAUAAAAAUCAAAUUUAUCCAUUCUGUAUAUCUUCCUCUAAAAUCUCCUUUUAGUUUAAUAUAAUGUGUAAACAAAAUAUAAUUAUUUUAUUGUUAGAAAUACUUCAAUUUCAUUUGUAUCUUAUAAAUAUUCUGUUUUUAAUUAUUUUAUUUUUGUCUUGAUUUUAUGGUUAUUUUCAUUAUUUGAAUCCAUCAAAUAAACAAGUAUUAAUUAGUUUUUUGUCUAAAUCAUAACUUUGGAUUUUAAUUUAUACGUUAAAACCACCAUCAUGUACAUAAUUGUGAUUUCAAAAAACACACUCUAAUUAAUAUUAUACUAAAUUUUAGUUGUUUCAUAUUUUGGUUGGUCAGCCUACUCUAAAGGCUUUUCUAUAUUGGAUGUGUUCAGUAAUGCACAGAAUAUGAUUGCCAGACGCAAGAACAACCCAACAAUCAAAAUCUGGGAUAAAUGAAAUGUAUAAAAGGGUUUGUUAGUUUAUUCUCAGAGCUUAAUGUCUGCUUCCACCUGGGUUAAUAGAGCAGACAAGAUGAAAGUGUUUAAAAUUUAAACUUUAAAUUUCCAGAAAUUUAAUGGACUGGGUAAUCAAGUCAAAUGUACUGCACUAUUAUAGGUCCAGAAUGCAUUUUUCGGAAACAUAUCUUCAUAUAUUAAUGGAGUGACAAAACCGAAUAAACAGAAGUAAGAUUUAGUAUUAUGGUAAUUAGAUUAUAAAACAAAAAAUAAUGCAAACUUUUUUUAUUAGUAUUUUCAGUCCCUUUUAUGGUAAUUUUUCUUCUUGCUACAUCAAAAUUGUAUACAUUUUUCAAUGUUCAUUAUACAUAUCUGUAAUGCCAAGUCGCUAGCUAGCAGAGCAAUGUAGAUAGAUUUGUUCUUUAGGGUAAAGAACUAAUUUUAUGGUGCAGUGCACUAUUUAUUAAUGUAAUAUUGUAUAAACUGUGAUUUUAUUACUAUUAGUUUUUAUUUGUAUUCUUCAAAUAUAUUUUGUGCAACACAACAGUCCAUUCCUAACUAUAAUGUAUGCAAUACAAUGAUGUGAUUCUGUACACAUGUAAAUAGGUAUUGGUAAAUAAACUUGCCAAUUUAGUAUUUCUUUAUAUUUUAAGAAAAGAAAAAUGGAUAUAUGGAUUAGGGGUUGGUAUAAAAUGUCCUCUUGCCUAUCUGCCUUCUAGGUUAUUUACAUACUGCAUGAAGGAAUUGCUAAUCCUCAUCUUUGAUUGGCGGAGAUAAUGGGCAAGAAUACUUUUUACACCAAUCCUGGUUCAAGCUUGGUUUUAAAAGAGUGUUACAUUGCACUUGUGCUUAACUGUUAAUAGUGUUAAUUUAAUUUAAAUGAAAGGUUAUUACCAUCAUUGCACUGGCGAUGGGGUAAUGUGUGCUCCCCCUAUCCAAUUUACACAAUAAAUUAAUGGCUAGACAUAUCCAAGACCCAUUAGACAUAUUUCCCCAUUUCUGAUCGAUGGUAUGAUGCAAUUAUUUCAUUUGAUUGUGUUCCUUAUCAAGGACUUACUAGUAAUCUGCUAAGAGUUUUUGAGAGAGAAAAAAUGUACCCUCUCCCCCGUUCUGGAAAGUCCUUACAGUACCAGUCAUUGAAUUGUGUUUUAUUAUAUUACCUACUGUUCAGUUACAUACAUUAUUUAUCUUUUAUCAUUAUAUAAUAUAUUAUUGUUAUUGACAUGUAUAGAGUUUUAUAAACAUGUAAAUAAAGAUGUAUCCUCAUGGAAUAAAGUCCUGAUAAAAACAAAA